UUCUUAUUGUCGCACAGCUGAUGACGUAGUCGGCGUUCCCACGUCUGCUGCUAGGACGUAGAAUUUAUGUCGACCGCACUGAUUGGCUGAGCCCGGGUUCACCUUCCCAUUCUGCGUUGUGAUUGGCUGUGUCGCUCUCUGCUCUCUCCGCUCGCUUGCUUCUGCCUGGGAUCCGCAGACCCGUCCAGCCGCUGACCGAUUUCUGUAGAUCUGCAAGAAUGAGCCUGGCGGAGAGCAGAGCGCCCCGUAAGACGGCGGGAAACCGCAUGUCCGGUCUGCUGGACCGGGAGGAGGAGGAUGACUUCUACAAGACUACCUAUGGGGGCUUCAACGAGGAAUCCGGCGAUGAAGAGUACAAUGAGGAUCGGUCGGCCAGCGAGGAUGAAGUGGACUCGGACUUCGACAUUGACGAAGGCGACGAACCCACCAGCGAGCACGAGGAGGACGAGCCCAAGCGGAAGCGCAGGGUGGUGACCAAGGCUUAUAAGGAGCCCAUCCAGCUUCUAAAGCCUAAAUCGAAGCCCAAACCUGACGCCGCCACCAGCAGUGCGCCAAAAAGCCGUCCAGAAAGGCCUCCCCCGCAGGAGAUCACAGAAGAUGGCGCAGACAGCCGUAAGCAGAUGCGCCAGUCUACAACUGAACACACCCGCCAGACCUUCCUGAGGGUGCAGGAGAGACAGGUGCAGUCCCGAAAGAAGAAAGGACCUCUUGCUGACAGACUCCUGACCCAGGAGGAGCUGCUGGAGGAGGCCAAGCUUACCGAGGAAAUCAACAUCCGCUCGCUAGAAAAUUACGAACGUUUAGAAGCCGACAAGAAGAAGCAAGUGCAGAAGAAGCAGAGGUGCGUGGGGCCGACCAUACGCUACCAUUCCGUGGCCAUGCCACUCAUUACCGAUGUCACCGUGAAGGAGGAAAACGUGGAUGUGGAAGGGUUGGAGCAAGACCCGGCUGGUGACUCCAGUGCGCCCCCUGUUAGCAAGUGUUCCCGCACCUUCAUCACCUUCUCAGAAGACGAGACUUUCGAACGUAUUUUCCCCAGAAACAAAUCCAAGCUGCCCAUCCGAGAGCUGUGCCCGGUCACCCAUAAGCCGGCACAGUACAGGGACCCCAUCACGGACAUUCCUUAUUACAAUGCCCGCGCCUUCAAGAUAAUCAGAGAAGCUUACAAAAAAUAUAUCACUGCUCACGGCCUGCCCAAUGCCGCUAUGGCAGCCGCUUCCAUGGGUCCCACGACAACUGCUCAGGACACCAGUCAGCGCAACACAAGGCAGAAAAUAGUCAUUAAACAGAGCGUUCCGGCAUCCUGAUGACCCGCGCGGCACAGGCUUCUACACAAUUGUAUUGGAGUCCAAGAAUAACGGCCACUCAUUUUACAGCAUUUUUAUUUAUUUUUUUUCUUACAUAAUAAACUAUUUUCAGGCCCAGGGACCUCGUGCCUGCGCUGUUCUCUAGACCCGUAAAACAUGAAUCUCCAGGAACAUAUGUAAACUAAAUUUGACAGCCUUUUUGGGGGAAAGAGGGAGAUUCAGAAUUUCAACCGUUCCUGUCCAAUCCCUCAAAAAUAAAAGGUUAUGUAACUCAGUAGCUAA